CAUCACCAUUUCAUCAAUACAAGCUUAACUCUCCACAUACAUUUUGCAAUCAAACAAAUCAAUCGAAGGAUGGAAGGAAAAACUUUGAUCGUAAGUGUGCUCUUAAUGAGUCUGUUCAUGGCACAAAUUCAAGUUGACGCCAAGAGCUGCUGUCCCAACACAACUGCUAGGAAUAUCUACAACACUUGCCGCUUAGGGGGAGGUUCCAGGGCACUAUGUGCAAACCUUAGCGGCUGCAAGAUUGUUAAUGGAAAAUGUCCUAACGGAUAUACCCAUGACAUUCUUGAAAACACUGGUGAUGCUGUCAAUGAAUACUGCAAGUUGGGAUGCGUAUCCUCUGUGUGCGGAGCUUUGACCACUCUCCAGAACUCCGAUGCAAGUGAAAUCGUCAAUGGAGCAGUUGAAAAAUGUGCCAACGCAUGUUUGACAGUCUGCACCAAAAACUCGAUGAAUGCAGUUGAAACUGCCUAAACAACCAUGAAAAUACCACGGGUGAAGGAGGUUCACAGUGUUUUUUUUUUUCAUGUUUGCAAUAAUUGUCAUGUAUGCGACAACAAUGUUAAGAUCUUCGUGCUCGUUUACGUAUGUGUGUUAAAGGUUGUCAAUCUCUAGAUUGUAUAUGCCUUUUACUCUUUAUUUUUAAAAUAAUGAAUAAUGUGUUUCGUAUAAAUCUUCUGUUCUCAUC